AUGUAUGCAGCGACAAUACCUUCAGUACUGACUUUUCUUACAUUACAAUUUAAUCGGGGAUGCUCCUUCAGCUCUCUUAACUCAUACAGGGCCGCAAUCUCUCAAAUCCUGGGGCCAAACCUAUCAGAUGAUUUCAGGAUUAAAAGACUUUUCAAAGGCCUUAGCUCUUUAAGACCCCCCUUGCCUAAGUACAAUAAGACAUGGGACCCAGCAAUCGUCCUCGAUUACAUCAAACGGUUGUCACAAAGUCCGCUUAACUUGGAAAACUUAACCUACAAAACUGCCAUGUUAAUAGCACUGGCUACAGGUCAACGAGUACAGACCUUGGCAAGUAUUAAUAUUAAUGACAUCCAUGUUUUUCCAGAUAAAUUGGAACUUGUAAUAAAAAAGAAACUCAAGACCUCAAAUAUUAACAGAACUCAACAUGUCUUAGUAUUGCCAUUUUACACCAGUGACAUUAAUAUCUGUCCAGCAAAAUCCUUGCUAUCAUACAUAGAAAAAACUAAAGAAAUUAGGAACUCAACGAGCGCCCUAUUCUUAACCUUUAAAAAACCCCAUAGAGCCGCUACCACACAGUCUAUUAGCAGAUGGUUAAAAGGAGUUCUGAACAGAAGCGGUGUAGAUACUGAUGUAUUUAGUGCUCAUAGCACCCGACACGCGUCUACGUCUGCUGCCGACCGGAAAGGAGUUAGCUAUGAUACGAUACGGACUGCAGCAGGCUGGACGGAGAAGUCAAAAACGUUUGCUGUUUUUUAUAAAAAGCCGUUAUUAUCCAAAGAACUGGACUUUGCUAAUGCGGUACUAGAUUCAUAA